UCCACUCCUGCUAGAUACUCUCUCCAUCGUGAAAGUCUCCCGACAACGUUGCUGUCUGCUCUUUCUUCAAGGUCGGUAUUAUUAUUAGUUGGAACCAGCUCAAUGUCAAUUGCUCCUAGCUAAUUGACCCAAGAUGAACGCCGCUACCGCUAUCCGCGCCAGAAUGGCCGCCAACCUCGUCGCCCGCCGUGGCUUCUCUACCACUCGUGCCCAGCUCGCCAGCCCGUACCACUACGCCGAGGGCCCGCGCACUUCCAUCCCCUUCAACCCCCUCACUCGCUUCUUCUGGCUGCGAUACUGGGCCUUCAUGGUUACCGGUUUCGGUACUCCCUUCGCCAUUGCUGUUUGGCAGACUUACAAGACCCGCUAAAGUCCUCGUCGUUGGACUUGGAUUCCCCGUCGUGGCUGUCGGAGCGACAGAGAUGUAAUCGGGAGGCCAAUUCUUUGAGCAACGGGACACCCUGUACAAAGCUAGACAGACACAUUGAAAUUUAUUGGAACGUUGCAUCUUUUCCGAUGGUCACGGUUUUGCGUAGAUCUAUGUGUUGGGUCGGACAGGCGUAGAAACCAGUAACAUCUGAAAUGUGGAUGAAGUCAUUGGCCGGAAGCUCACUUUCUCCCGUAAGA